AUCAAUCUUUGUAUACAUUGGAGUCAUAGUCAAUAUUAAAUGUAAGAGUUCUAAGUAAGAGCCUUGAGAAUAUUAAGUAUAACUCAUGAAUUCCUGUCCAUCUGUUCCUGUUAAUAAUUCAUGUUGUCUGGACAUUCGAUAAGCUUCCAUUGGAAUCGAUAAAACAUAAAGUGAAAACAAUGUAUGAUGGUAACGAGCUAGUUGUGCACGCUAUUUGGAUUAUUGAUAGUGCAAACUUGGAUUUUCUGAUAUACAGUUUGUCAAUAUAAUGUUAAGUUGAAAAGGGAAAAUGAUAUGACAGAGUCGGUGUAGGGAAUAUCGGAGACGGGUUAGGUCAAACCAUUUACUUGUUUACAUGUGACAUCCAACCAGAAGUGCCAGUUUCAUACGAGUGCUCUAGAAACCAUGGCGGGUUUCAGUUUCACUCACCAGCAGACGAAGAAGUUUAUGCCGCCAUCAAAGGAAUGGCAGGACAAAACAGCCAAACAGCUUAAUAUACGUAUGGAAUUGCGCUUGGAGUAUGGGAGCCCCAAGUAUUAUAAUGGGGAUACCGCACCAAAAUUGACGUCUGAGAUCCGAGCAGACGGCAACUGUUUCUUUCGCGCGCUGAGCGUCAUCAUUACUGGCGUGGAAUCGAACCACAUGACUGUCCGUGAGCAGAUCACACAGCACGUGGAGAAACACUCGGACAUCUAUCGGACGUUUCUACAGAGUCGCGGUGGCAUGGAUACGUACGUUCGGAGCAUGCGCCGGCCGAGGGAGUGGGCCACGGACACUGAAAUAUUCGCGGCCGCCACGUUUUUGAAGACAAUUAUUGAAGUAUGUAGCAUUAUUAGGACGAAUAAUGGACGUGAGUACCAGUGGCAGACUUUCGCGCCACUCAAUGACGAUAACCCGUCCUUACCAAAGAUCUACAUAUGUCACAAGGAUGAACAUUUUGAACCAAUAUUAGACAUAGCAGAGGUUGCAAUAGACGGGUCACAAAGUUUAAGACCAAGAAUCUCCGAGGCGGAGGACCAGAAAUCUCAGAGAUCCUACAAGGACUAUGACCGGUUUCGUGGGGACCAUCCUCCUCCUGCCCCACCUCCGGACCCAUCGCAGCGCAGCCCCUCUAACCCCUUCAUGACCAGUUCUUACCGCAGCUCCUAUCGGGACCCUGGACAAGUUCAGACUCAAAGCCGAGCACUCGGUACCAAUCAAAGAAGUCACAAUAAUCUACACUUUUAACUGUUAUUGUUGGAUUGUUCGAGUGCCAAAGGAAUAUUUCGUUGCUGGUUAACUGUGCCUUAAUUCAAUAUUUUAUUCGUCGUAUCUGUAACUCCUUAUCUUAAAUUAUUAAGUAUGGGCUUAAUAACUGAUAAAACAAAUAUGCUUUCUGCAAGUGUUUCAGUAUUAUUAUCCUGUUAUUUCAGAGUUUAUCUGCUUUGUUAUAGCGUAAGAAGUGGUAAAAUUUACAAUAAGAUAAUGAUUUUAAAAUGUUCGAAUGAUCUUAAUAACUACCAAAGGUAAACACAAUACGGUUACGCAAGAUUAAAUAAUUACAGUUUGAUCUGGGUUAUUGAUAUUCCAAAUAUGUAGACAGCGAAAAUUGGCAGUAUAUCUUUUUCUUAAUGGAAUGCGGUUAAAACAUUGAACUUGUAAAUUCAUUUGUACUGUUCAUUUGAAGUGAACCGCCUUGAAAAGCAAUUAUAUAAAAAUGAUUUGGAUGUAAAUUAUUGUGACAUGUUUUCAUAUUAAAAUAGAAGUAUCUGAACAAAUUACUACGAUGCGUACCAGAAUGACAAUAGCAUUUAAUGAAGCAGUUCAUAAAGAGUUAAAAAACAUAAGAAUAAAAUAUUCCACUCUCUGCGUUUAACUUUGAUGUAUUUGUAUCAAGUCCAUUCAUUCAUGCGAUUGUUCAUUCAACGGUGCGUUCAUUGAUCGUUUGUUCGUCUGUUCGUUACACGUAUACAUACAUACAUAAAUACAUAACAUUACAAGAUAUCACGCAAAAACAAGCACACAAACACGCACGCAUUAUUUACAGAUACUAUAUACCCGUAUAUACAUGAAAUAUUAAAUUUGCAGCAGGGUUUUUUAUGAUUGCACCAUUGAUAAUUCCACAAAGUACCUAGUGCCUUAUUUUGAAAACAUCUACAUGUAUAAAGAAAUAAGCUAUUGGUCAACAAACCUACUAAAAAGGAAUACUUUUUAUGUUUUUGAUAUUUGUUUUAAACUAACUGAUUACA